AUGCGACAAGCCAAGUUUCCACUGGCGGCUGUUCUGGCUCUGAACCCUGCUGCAGCCGCUCAGCAGAUUGUCCUUGCCAUACGAACUGCUACUGUCACCCAGCGUGUCACCGCCACUGGCGGCGUGGUCCCCACCUGCGCCGGCUGCACGCCGGUCCCAACUAUCCAGUUGCCCGCUGUCACUGGUGGGCCUAUCCGCGUUCAGAUUGAGGCCCCAGAGUGCCAUCGCUGCGGCUGUAACACGUAUACGCAGAUUGUUAAGUUUACUACUGAGCAUGACGCCUUCUGCCCCACUGGUAUUACCCGGCAGACAUACGAGUGCACUGAAACGUACAAGGGAAUACCUACAGUGCCAACCCUCCUCUCUCUCUCUGCCGACCUGCCACUCGGCUUCACCAGGGACAUCCAGGUCUGCAACACCUGUGGGCCAACGCCUAUUACUGCUACUAUUACUCGCCCUAUUACUGAGCCCCAGGGUAGCCCUAUUAACGUUUCUACUAGCGGCUCUGGAUCUGGGUCUAGCCCUGGCUUUAGCUCUGACCUGGGCUCCGGGUCUAGUUCCGGCUCUAUCGGAUCCGGCUCCGGCUCUAGCUCCAACCCCAUUGAAUCCGGCUCCGGCUCUAGCUCCGGCUCCGGCUCUGGCUCCAGCGCAGGCGCAGGCUCUGGCUCCAGCGCAGGCCCAGGCUCAGGCUCAAACGGCGGACCAAAUGCCCGAGCCAGUAUAUGUGAGCACAUCACCCCUAAUUCCAUAAUCAGUGUAAGAUUAAACGACGCUAAUAACAAACACUCGUAG